GGCGGCAAGUGACAGUGUGGGGUCCAGCUACGGUUAAAGGAACUCGAUUACUCUAGCGUCACGUGCGGUUAUUUAUAAGCUGCGUACGUGUCUAAUUAUGAGAGGGUUAAAGUGUAACUUUUGUCACUGCGGGGUAUCGUUAGCAGCGCUCCUUGCACACUCCCUCUCCCUCUCCCUCGAUCACUAUUCCAGAGACGCGACGAGUCGAUUCUCUGUGUAUGUGGGGGAGGAGCUGGAGAAUGUCUUACUCUCAUCAGAAACGCGCCGGAAAAGCUCGGUUAGAGCUGAUAUGCGAAUCUUCGAGGAAGGCGGCUGCGUUGCACGCGAAGAUCAAUGGGAAGGAACUGGAUAAGCCCGAUAUCACUCAAACCUGCGAAGAGAUUCUCAACUCGUCGGUUCCAGUGGCUCUCAGUCUCGUUGACGAGAGGAAAGUAGUAAAGCAGCAUCUAUUAGAGGACGUAACUAGCCUUCGGGUAAUCAAACUAAUUUCUUUUGGUUUUAUAUUUUUUUACUUGGAUUUGUUUGUCUUUUCUCAGGUAGAAGAAACUAAUGGAGCUUGGCGCACAAAAGCUAUUCCCGAUCCCACUUUACUGCCUCAAGGAAGAACCUAUGCGAGGAAAGAAGCUGUUACGUUGCUUAAGAAAGCGGAUUUUGGGAAUUUUGAUCAAAAGUGGCAGCACAAGGAGAAACAAAGAGCAGGUUCAGGAGAAGGUGGCAAUACAGGUGCUUGGAGUGAACAUGGAAGCAAACAGGACAUAGGCAGCUCAAGCACCACCAAGAGUUAUGUUGAUUCCAAAGGGAGAUAUGUUGAUCAAUUAGGAUUUACUUGGAUUGGAACACCUGAAAUCGAUGACGAAUCUACACCUCCUGCCGUUAAAUCUACACCUCCUGGCGUUAAGGAAACAACAAUAGACGCUUUUGUGGAUAUGGAGACCUUGAAAUUUACAAGUACUGAGAAUGUUUUUCUUCUACGGCCUCAGAUCUCCACGAUACUAGACGAUAUGGGAGAUGAUACGGUCAAGUACAAGCUUGUAAACAUCAAAUCAUUUCUCAUCCAACGCAAGAAUAACUUCGCUAAGUCGGUGUCUAUAGUAAGUAAUUUUUCCAAGGUAUAUCCUCCAAGACGGCUAGUAUGUGGUCCGUGUAAACAAGAUUCAAGUAAGAUGCUUAAAUUAUUUUUUAUGCUUACAUUUUGAUUUAAAUACAUAUUAUUAUUAUUAUUUUUUACUAUCUGAAAGAAAUCUUCCCGCUGGAGAAAAAAUGCCUCUUCUAGACCUAGAAAUGAUCAGAAAAAUUUCUGUUUAUGCUAUGACACCUGGAAGAAAGGCAGUAAUGAUCAUAUCCAAUGACCUCUACUUAACUUCUACUUUUGCCGACAAACUGCGGGCACAGUAUAAUGAGUUGACUGUUAUUACUCCAUCAGUUGGAUGCAUGAUACCCGUUGACAUGUAUAGGAAAAAAACGGCUUCUGAUGUUAGGCCACGCAACGUUCAGAGGGGUGCACGCAACGUUCAGAGGGGUGGGGACUAGUCUGUUUGGUUUCUACUCGUUUAUUUCAAACUCUGGUUUGACUUUCAUGAACAAAAGAACACCAAAUGCAGUUUGUAUUUCCAUAAAACGUUUUCCAACAGACAUCACAGUGGUAUGUGUCUCUGAUAACUUGUAGUGUCCAUGAAUAAAUUUCUCCCCAGUGGUUUGUUGUUUUAUGUCGAUAUGUGCAGAUUGAUCCUA